UGGCGGUUUCUCACAAACACGGAGAAAUUCCUUCACCUCGAUGCUCCUCCUCCUUUCUUUACACUCCCACUGGCGAACUCUUGCGAAAACCUGCCACACCAGUAAUUUGAGGCCACUGGAACCUUUUGCGUGUGCCGUCGGAAAACAACAUGGCAGACGAUGCAUCUCCAAAGCGACGCGACGGGAUUGUGAUUGAGGAUGACUGGCCAGGCUACAGUUUAGACUUGUUCAGUUACCCUACGCACUACUCCGGGGACUUGGACUGUGUCAUCAUCCCACAUGGAGUGAUCAUGGACAGGACAGAACGUCUGGCCCGUAACAUUAUGGACGAUCUGGGUAACCAUGACAUUGUGGUGCUGUGUGUUCUAAAAGGAGGAUACCAGUUCAGUGCAGACCUCGUGGACAGGAUUAAGGCUCUGAGCUGCAACUCCAACCGCACUAUCCCCAUGAGGGUACACUUUAUCCGGCUCAAAAGCUACCUGAAUGACCAGUCCACAGAGGAUCUGCACAUAGUUGGAGCUGAGGAUCUGUCAUUUCUAACAGGAAAGAAUGUUCUGAUUGUCGAGGCCAUAGUAGGCACUGGGAAGACUAUGAAAACACUCUUAAAGCAUGUAGAAGCUUUCAAGCCUAACAUGAUCAAAGUGGCAGGACUGCUGGUCAAACGAGUCGCGCAGAAUUCAUCAUGGCUUCCUGACUAUGUUGGUUUUGAAAUUCCAAAUCGUUUUGUAGUUGGAUACGCCUUAGACUACAAUGAAUAUUUCAGAGAUCUUAAUCACAUUUGUGCCAUUAGUGAGAGUGGAAAGUUGAAGUACAAGAUUUAAAGCUAAGAUGCUCUGAAGAUGGGACUGCCACACAGAUGUCAUGUAGCAGCCAGGCCUGGACUCGCUUCACAAAAUGCCACUGCCUUACAGCUGCUAUCGAGACAUUUGAUCUCAAAGCAUUUCUGUUUUGAUUUAACAUUCCUUUUGGCUUAUGGUUCAACAAUAGACAUAGGACUUAAACUGGAAUCUGACUAACUCCACAAGAGGUUUUAUAUUUUUAAAUAGACCAUUUUAGAAACACACUUUGGUGUCGAUCCAUAACUCAGGAAGUAUUGUUUUAUAAAGGUUGGUUUUACUCAAGAUCCACUGUGCUACUGUGAAGGAUUCCUGUUUACAUGUUAGGUAAUAAAUUUCAUAUUUUACAGCUAA